AUGACGAAACGAACCAGUGCUCAAGCCGCGGGGUCGUCAACUGGAUCAGAAAAGAAAGCUGAUGAUGUGCUGAUGGACAAUGGAAUGGCCACUGGUGAUGCAGGAGAGGGAGGAGAAAUCUUUUCCAACGCAAAAACUUCUCAAGACGAGGAUGACACUGUCGCGCCAAACGACAAUGAGCAGCCUGCUGGUAGCAAUAAGCGCAAACGCGAUUUCAAAGCCGAACGCCAAGCCAAGAGACAGAAGAAGGAAGCAAUUAAAGCACCUAAAAGAGCUGCAGGUAUAAUUCGAGAAGCGGAGGAGGCAAUUGAGAGACAGAAGAAGGCUGCAGAGAAGGCUGUGGAGAGGGCCGAGGCAAGGAGGGUUAGAGAUGAACAAAUGGCUGUCUUGCAAGAGCAGAAAAGAGAGGAGAAGGCAAAGAAGUAUGAGGAGAAUUUAAGGCAGCAGCAAGAGGAUAAGCUGAGGAGGGCGGAGGAGAAGAAGAGGGAUAUCGAGGCAAAGAGAAAGGAUGCGGAGGAGAAGAGGAAAGAUAGGGAGAGGAUUCAAGCGUUAGAGAAGCAGGUCAGGGAUUUGAAGAGAGGACAUGGAAAUAAUAAUAAGAAAGGAAAGGUGGCAAAGAAGGUUGGGGACAAGGCGCCAAAAGGACCGAAGACUUCGGAAUUCUUUGGAGAGGGGUUGAAGGCGCAAGUUAUUGGUUUGAGUAAUGAGUCGAAGGGUGAGGCGGCUGGUCUGGGAGAAGAGGCGGCAAAGGAGAGCAGCAAGAAAUUGAAGACGAAGCGCAGCUGGAAAGAUCUUAAGGAAGGAAAGGUGGCGCCAAUCGGUCUAGAGGCAAAGAUCGCUGCUGCGAGGGUAUCUUUGGCUCAUGCUGAGGGUAAGGUAGAUGAUGAUGUGCCUAUGGAGGAUGCUCCCGAAGAAGAUGAUGCUGAGGAAGAAAAUGAAGCUGAAAAGGAAACUUCUAAAGCGGCUGCUACUGAGACGGACGCUGUUUCGGACCCUGUCAUUGAGCAACUCGUCGAAGAUAGUCCAGAGUCUAUCGCCGAGUCUGAGGCUCCAGCACAAAUAGAGGAUCAAGAAAUCGACUCGGAGGUUCCAGAAGAAACUUCUGAGGAGAAUGUAGAGGAGGCGAAAGUAGAUGAGGAGGAAGUUGAGGAGGAGAAAAUUGAGGAAAAUGAAGUCGGCUCAGAAAUCUCCGGAGAAGAAUCCAAGGACCAAGAAGAGGAGGUACUGUCAGCUGAGGAAUCCUCACCUGUUGCUCAAGAAGAAGACAAAACCGAAGAGGAGGACGCUGCACCUGUAGCCGACGCAGAAUCAGAACUCGACGAAUCCAAGGAGGAAGUGGAGAUCAGUGCAAGUGCGAAGAAGCGUUCGAGAAGAAGGGUCAGAAACAACAACCGCUUGGAGACCGAAGGGACACCAAUAAAGCCUACAACACCUAUUACAACCAAGGGCCCAAAGGUCAAGACACCCUCAGCAACACCUCUUGCAUACAAGAACCAAAAGUUCAAGGCCCCCUUGAAAUCGCCUGCACUAACAAAGGCGGCGACUGCAAAGAAAGGGAAAGCUCCAGCAAAGACAGCAAAUAAGGAUCAGGCCGCCCCUAAAUCUCCGGGAGCUGCUAGUGGUACAAAAGCCAAACGUGUCAGAGUCCCGAAAGCUGUAGCUGCUGUUCUUGCUACAACAACUGGACUCGACUCUCCCGCCAGAACCACUAGAUCAUCGGCAAAAGCUCACCACUCCGACGAUAUGAUUGAGGCCAUGGAUGAUGGAUUGGAAGGAAUAUGCAACACUCCUGGAAACAAUGAUGAUGACGAUAUUUACGAGUCAAUCACCUGCGUAUCCCGGUCGAAUUCAGUUUCUGAAUUUCAAACACCUUCAAACACGCUAAAGUCAUUUAACAAUAUGGAACUACCUAUCCUAAGAAAUACAGACAACCCUAAUCUCAGUGCGAAUGAGAGUGACUCCUCUAAGCUAUCUGAGCUAAGCAUAACCGAUCACCCCUUUCUUGCUUCAGAUAGUAGCGCUGCCGACAUGAUUGAAGUUGAUGUCCCUAGUCUUCUGAGAUCAGGCAGGAAACAAAGACCGCCUGCACAUUCUCCCUACUUUACUCAAUCACCCGCUCCCACUCCGUCCAAAUCAAAAAAUCACAUAGCAAUUCAAGAAGCUUCCAUGCAGAAUUCAUCCCCAAAGAAGGGAACCCCUAAGAAACGUCCCGCUGGCACCAUUUCGUGUAUCCCUUUUCCACCUCUAUCCGCACCUCAUUUUGGAAUCAUCCAAGAGAAACUCGCCCACGAUCCAUUUCGCCUUCUCAUCGCCGUCACAUUUCUCAAUCGCACUCAUGGUAAACAUGCCAUACCAGUUUUCUACACUCUCAUGGAACACUAUCCCACCCCCAAAUCACUAGUCGAUGCCUCAAAGGAAGACAUCGUCUCCGUCAUCCGGCAUCUCGGCUUACAAAAUCAACGUGCCGCUACCUACCAAGCCUACGCUAAAAUCUUUUGCGAAAAUCCUCCGGUUAAAUAUAAACGCUACGCAGUGCACGAUUACCCCAUCCAAGGUCUAGGUCGCGAUGUCAAGAAAAGUGAAGUUCUCCCCGAAGAAUCCGAGGAGGACCCGCGUACAGCGUGGGAAAUCGGUCAUAUGACUCAGGGGCCGUAUGCACUAGAUAGUUGGCGCAUCUUCUGUCGGGAUAUCCUACUAGGAAAAGCUCAAGGUUGGAACGGUGAGGGGAAUGGAGAAGAAGGGUUUCAACCCGAAUGGAUGAGAGUGGUGCCGGAAGAUAAAGAGUUGAGGGCGUUUCUCAGGUGGAUGUGGUUGAAGGAGGGGUUUGCCUGGGAUCCAUUUACCGGGGAGAAAGAGGUUGCGGGGGAGGUGUUGAUGAGGGCUGCGAUGGAGGGGAGGAUUGCUUGGGAUGAGGGGGGUGGGAUGAGGGUUUUGGGGGUGGAUGUUGUGGGGUAG